GAGGUUUCUGAGCUGGUGCUGGCGGCACCGCUUCGUUGGCUUGCUGGGAAAUCGGGGUUUUGCGGCUGCUGUUCGUAGUGCCGUCGCGGUCACGCUGGUUCUACCUGCUCUUUUCCGCCUCCGGGCAGGGGAGGGAAAGGUCCCUCCGGCGAAACGAGGGUCGCCCUUUUCCCUCCCUUGAAAGAAGGGCUGAAUUAGCCUCAUUAGGAGACGCUGCAGCAGCGACCACAACCGCGGGGGCGCGAUGGUUUGCGGCGGCUUCUCCUGUUCCAAGAAUUGGCUCUGCGCUCUCAACCUGCUCUACACGUUGGUCAGCCUUUUGCUGAUUGGAAUUGCAGCCUGGGGCAUUGGCUUUGGCCUGAUCUCCAGUUUCCGGGUCGUUGGAGUAGCAGUGGCAGUAGGAAUCUUUCUGUUCCUGAUUGCUCUGGUGGGACUGAUUGGGGCCAUCAAACACCACCAGGUGUUGCUUUUCUUUUAUAUGAUUAUACUCUUGCUGGUGUUUGUUAUACAGUUCUCAGUCUCCUGUGCUUGUCUGACAUUGAAUAAAGAACAGCAGAUCAAACUGCUGGAGGUUGGGUGGAACAACACAAACAGUGCAAGGCAGGAUAUUGAGCGGAAUCUAAACUGUUGUGGCUUCCAUAAUACCAGUGAAGAUACCUCUUGUUCUGCUAAGUGUUUUGAAACACAGCUGUGUAAACCCUGUGCACCUAUAAUUAAGGAAUAUUCCGGAAUGGUGUUGAGAUUUGUAGGAGGCGUUGGUCUCUUCUUUAGUUUUACAGAGAUCUUAGGGGUGUGGCUCACCUACAGAUACCGGAAUCAGAAAGAUCCACGUGCAAAUCCUAGUGCAUUUCUUUGACCUGGAAACUUUCUCAGGGACUGAACAUUUCUUUUCCUAUGGUUUUAAAAAGAUGAAUUCUCCACUGAUCUGUCUACUCUCUUUGUUAACUGGAGGCUUGUGCCUUUGAGAUAAGAAUAAAGAUCUAGAGCUGCUUCUCAUCUUAUUUUCUAAUGUUCUUUGAAGAAAUUAGUCUGAAAUGCUUGUUGUCAGUUGUGUAACUAAACAAUAUGAAUGCUAUAGGAAUGUAGUGAUUCAGUAGAAUUAUUCAUGUCAUUUUUCUGUCAAUGGGAUGGUGUUACCUUUAAUUUAAAAGAGGAUGUAUUUCUUUCUUAUGACAUAUUCCAUUUGUCAGAAAUUCCUUCACUGAUCUAUUUCUUCUCUUUUUUUGAAAGAAGAAUUUUAUUGGCUUCAAUGCAUUUCAUUUGAAAUUUACCAUAAAGGAAUUUUGCUUUUGUUUCCAGUAUUGGUAUUAGUUUGGGAAGAAACCUCUUCAAGUAAUCAUUUGCGAGUUGAAAACUCAUCAUUUUUUAUGACUUUUUUGUGCCUAUCAAUUCUCCUCCAGUUUUUGGAUCUGUUUAAAAUGUGAAUGCAAGUGAGUUCAGUGUCAUCCAUUGAUUUCAGUAUUGGCCAGAUAAAUAGUGAUUCUCUUUCAGCCCAAGAACAGAUUGUGUGUGAACCUCCUGAUUUACCUCAGCUGUAAAAAUACUAAAGUCAUUUGACUGGGGUGAUUGGAUAUUAUUCAACAUUAUAAUUUUCAGUAGGUUGGCUAUCAACUUUCUUUGUACCCUGUAUAUGAACACUAGUAAGAAAGAGAGAUGAAUUUUCACAGUAUACAAAAUUUGUACAAGUUGUGUAACUUAAAAUUAUAGAUGUGGAAGGAUAGCGUCUAGCUGGCUUGUCACAGUAAGAAAUUGACACCCAGAGGGGGGUUUUUUUGGCAAUAGAUUACAUUUCAUCAGUGUAGUGAGUUAGCUGUGGUACUGACAUGGGCCUUUAGAUUUAACUAUGUUUGUUCCCUGUUAUCUAAAAUGUUUGACCAUGUGUGUGUACUAGACUACUGUAAACGUUAUCUUUGUAAUUCUUCUAUUUAAAAAUAAAACUUUUGAAGA